AUGUCUUGUUCAACGAAGAUGAUCACUCUCAAGAGCCACGACGGCGAAACCUUUGAAGUAGAAGAGGCAGUGGCUCUUGAAUCGCAGACGAUCAAGUACAUGAUCGAAGACGGUUGCGCCGAGGGUGUAAUCCCUCUUCCAAACUUGACAGGAAGCAUUUUGGCAAAGGUUAUUGAAUACUGUAAGAAGCAUGUGAAUGGAGAAGCGAGUUCCGAUGAUGUUAAGAAGUGGGAUACCGAGUUCGUGAAGGUUGAACAGGAUACGCUUUUCAAACUCAUAUUAGCUGCAAACUAUUUGAAUAUAAAGAGCUUGUUGGAUCUUACCUGCAUGGAAGUGGCGGAGACGAUAAAGGGGAAGACACCAGAGGAAAUUCGAACAAUGUUUAACAUUAAGAAUGACUUUACUCCAGAAGAAGAGGCGGAACUUCGUAGAGAGAAUCAAUGGGCUUUUGAAUGA